UGCUGGGAGGCAGCCGAGCCACUGCUCUGCUCAAGUGUCCCUGACACUUCCACAGCGCCAUCGCCCGACGCCAACGCUACCGCAGCUGCCACCGCCUGGGCUCCAAGCCACCUGCUGCCUGCUGCCAGAGAAGCGCCAUGGGCUUCUGGAAGUUCUCUCCUCUCCUGAUUCUUGGCAUCUUGGCCCUGUACCAGGUGGGCAUGCUCCAGGCAGCACCAUUCAGGUCUGCUCUGGAGAGUCCUCAGGACGCUGCUAUGCUCAAUGAGGAGGAACUGCGCCUCCUGCUGGCUGCAAUGGUGAAGGACUUUGUGCAGAGGAAGGCCAGUGAACUGCAGCAGGAGCAGGAGACCGAGGGCUCCAGCCUGGACAGCUUCCGAGCUAAGCGGUGCAGUAAUCUGAGCACCUGUGUGCUGGGCACAUACACACAGGACCUCAACAAGUUUCACACGUUCCCUCAGACUGCAAUUGGGGUCGGAGCACCCGGCAAGAAAAGGGUCAUGGCCAGCAGCUUGGACAGAGACCACGGCCCUCACGAUGGCAUGAUCCAGGAUGCCGAUUAA